AUGUUAGAACUAACGUCAACUAAUGUUCAGUCGGUAAGUCAACAAGAAAAAGUAACAGUUCAGGUAAAUGUCCUGCCUACUAAUAUUGACACUAAUGGUUUAUCAAGAAUUUUGUUAAAUCCUCUUUGUGCAGAAAAUGCUACUUGGAAGAGUCAAGCUAUUACUGUUGUUGGAUCAACUGAUCGUGUAAAUCCACUUUCACGAUCACAUCUUAAAAGUCCGAACGAUAUGUUAAUUGAUACUAAUGGUAACUUAUAUAUAGCUGAUUCCGGCAAUAAUCGUAUUGUUUAUUGGCCAGUCAACGCGACAGAAGGACGAGUUGUUGCUGGUACAGGUGUUCUGGGAUCUUGGAAUAAUUUAUUUAAAUAUGCAGCUGCUAUUGUAGCUUGGAAAGAUCAUUUAUUUGUCUCCGAUCUUGGCAAUUAUCGCAUACUUGCUUUUCCAUUAAGUACGACUGAAGGUUCACCCGACGGUAUUACCGUUGUGGGUCGAUACGGUGCUGGACCAGCCUUAAACCAAAUUAAUUCUGUAUAUUAUAUGUCAGUAGAUAGAAAGCGCGAAUUAUUUUAUCUGUCUGAUUUUGAAAAUAAUCGUAUAUUAAAAUUGAACUUAACAGACAAGUCAUUGGAAUUAGUCGUUGGUACUGGAACAUCUAAUUCGAAUCACGUUAGUCUUAAUCUUCCGUUAGGUAUUACUGUUGAUGAGACAAGUGGUUCACUGUAUGUAGCAGAUUCUCGCAAUCAUCGAGUACAAAAAUUUAAUUUUAAUUCCAAACAAGGUAUUACAGUAGCGGGUGGUAUUAAUUUUGGACAAAACUUAUUUCAACUUUAUUUCCCUUCGGGUGUCGCAAUCGACCAACGUGGCAAUGUAUACGUUGCAGAUAGUGCAAAUCAUCGAAUUGUUCAAUGGUUAGUUAAUGCACAACAAGGUCGUGUAAUUGCAGGUACUGGUUUUGCUGGUAUAAGUAAUACUCAACUUAACUAUCCAGUUCAAUUGAAAUUCGAUAUUCAUCAUAAUUUGUAUGUUGUUGAUCAAAAUAAUGAUCGAAUUCAACGUUUUGAUUUACAAUAUAACGGAUGUUAA